AUGGCAGGCAAACAGGCAUCAAUCGCUCGACUUAUACAAGAUAGGGAGACACAGACAGCCUCAGAUCGACGCGAGAGAGCUGCACGGCAAGCAGUGACUCGGGGACAGGGUCGAGUCCGAGUACCAGUAAAAAUGGAUGACACUCUUGCAAGAUACUUGUGUGCAUCGAGGAGUUGUCUGUCUCGGGCGUCUUCCUCUCGUGAGGAGGAGGAUGAGGUGGGACAUGAGGAGGAGGAAGUACCCGAUGUUCACCUUGAGCACGGCGAGGAUGAUGCUCAGGACGCGGAGGAGGAGGGCUACCCGGGAGGGCCUUCAAACACAUCUGUGUUGAUUUACUUUCAUGACCAUGUCGCUCGACGAGUUUGGGAGGGUGGGGAACGGGCGACCAUAAAAUAUGUGAACCAUGCGCGGAAAAUAUUUGAUUUGUUUAAACCACAAGCUCAAUGGUUUAAUGACGUUGUAGUUGAUUUUGGGCUUGGCGGGUUAUGCAUGACUGAAUAUAGUACCAUCAACCACGGCAUGCAGGGGGUAUUUGCUGAAAGGUGGCACAAGGAGACUUCGUCUUUCCACUUUCCUGUUGGGGAGUUGACGGUCACCCUACAUGACGUAGUCUGUCUUCUCCACUUGCCGAUCAAUGGGAGGUUACUAGACCAUACUUGGAUACAGAGGGUUGAGGCCAUAGAGUGGAUGGUGGAUUAUCUGGGUAUGGACCCAAAGAUGGAAGAUUAUGAGUGCAGAGCGACGAGUGAGGCGCAUAUCCGGCUGCUCAACUUGGAAGAGAUUUAUGAGAACCACUUGGUGGCGGCAGCGGAGUCCGAGGAGGAGGGUGACGGGCUUUUGUUGAGUAUCACCGUGUUUGCGCUCUGCGGUGUUGGUUCAUGUUCUUGUUAG